UGAACGAUAAGAAUAUUAUAUGUAGGUAUACAUAUAUAUAGGGUCCACAGCGAUCGUGACAUCUAAGAAAGAGGGGGUAGUAGUAAUCUAAUUUUAUAUUAUUUGACUCACCCAUUGGUAGCACCUUAUUAUAAAUAGAGUUAUUUGAUUAGAAACGUUUAGUUGGCUGAGAUUAAAUUUUAAGAGUAGUAACAAGGAGAGCUAACACAUCUAGGACACCACCACAGCCAAUAGCUGUUUAUAGACCACCAGGACCACCUGCAUCUCGUUUAGUCAAAAUGUGUGAAUGUAUAGCAACAUGUGGGCGAUUGCUCAUCACCGUCUUUAACCUUAUCUUUGCAUUAGUAGGAAUCAUUCUGCUAGGUCUUGGAAUCGUUGUAAAGGUCCAGUCACCAAUGCUAGAUUCAUUAUUAGCGACAGCUCAGAAACAAUUCCAGAAUGCGGUUUCAGGGGCGGGUUUCAGUUCGCCUUCAACAGAUUUUAAUAUCUAUGACCUUGUAGGAGGUUUAGCUAUUGUAUUUAUUGCUCUUGGCUGUUUUUUUCUGGUGAUAGGAGCCCUGGGAGUUAUUGGUGCCUGCUGUAAAGUUAGAAUUUUGCUGAUUCUUUAUGUUAUCUUGGUGAUUGUUAUUCUAUUGGCUCAGAUUGGUCUCGUCGUCUGUGUUUUUGCUUUCCGCAGUGUGUUCGAUUCUACUAUAAAACAAGGCCUAAAGGAUGUGAUUAAAACUGAAUAUACUGGUAUUAACGGUACAAGUGCUGGCAAUUUGGGAAUGAACUUCAUAAUGACCUCGCAAAGUUGUUGUGGUAUUGACAAUUAUACAGAUUUCAGUGAAGUAAACGCUCCAAACUGGAUAUUCCGUAGUUAUACUGAUGACUCUGGAAAUACACAUACACUCAUUACUCCCAUGGCCUGCUGUAAAAAUACUACAAGUGCACCAACUUGUGCCAAAUCACCAGAUGCUACAGAUGCUACCAAGAAUAAUUAUGACAAGGGAUGUUAUGAUUCUUUAUGGGAAAUUGUAUACAGUUAUAAAGAAAUAUCGAUAGGUGUUGUUGGUGGAAUAUGUGGAUUACAGUUAUUAUUGGUGAUAUUUGGUAUAAGUAUCAUAUGUCAAAUAGAUAAAGAUAAGGUUGGAGCCAUUUGAAAAAAUGUAAUGAAAAGAGUAUUUAUUCCUUGUUGCUGGCAAAUGAAAAUGACGAUUACUUGUAAAUGCUUUGACUUCAGUGCUGUGGGACUCUUUUAUUUCUAUAUUCUUCUGAGAAAAUUGACUAUAACUUCAAAUUGCCGAAAAGCUCUGGUCAGUUUUACGACACUGUAAUUUUUGACAAACAUUAUUGUACAACCCACAUCUUAGUGUCUCAAUACCUAAUCACUAAAGCUAUCGAAAUACAUUAAACAUCCACUUUAGUCAAACAUCGUUGGCUGUUUGCUAUAUUCUAAAAUUAACACUAAUGCCUAAUUUGAACUUACGGAUGACUAUAUUCAUGACAAUGCGAUGACUGGCAUUUUUGGAAUCUAGAUUUUAAAUUAUUAAAGCUCCCGAUGGAAUUGUGUUCCCAUAAAACCGUUUCCACCUGAAUCUCUUAGCUGAAAAAUCACCUUGACACAUGGGACAUAACUCUGUAUGAUAGUAUUCGCCUCAGUCAUUCAUAAAUCCAAAUAUAAUUUUUAAAAAUCAAAAUAUAUUUAUAUUUUUUUUACAUUAUGUAUAAUAUAUAAGAUCUUAAUUAUCAAAUAUAUAAAUUUUACACAUGUAUUUAAACAAAAGAUCUGAUUUUUUUGCUUGAGUUUUUUUUGUAAUAUUAUUGAAGUUUCCAUAUUAUGUAAAAUACGUAUUUAUUGUCAAUCAAUAUUUAUUUUGUUGGUUUUUCUACAAGACGAUUAUCAUCCAGAAUUCCAAUUAACUUAGACGUCUCGUAAUUCAACAUAAUCGACAUACCAAGUGCUCAUUUUGAAAACAAAAUAAUCCGGCCAUUUUGUUUUGUACAGUUAUCCACUAUUGAUGGCACACCUAUAUUAUUUUUAUAUGCCAUGCUUGUUGUUUACCUAUUUGUAAAUACAUAUACAUUAUAUAGAAAAUCUGAAAAUAAAUAUUCCAUACCAGUUUUUACACCAUUUUAUUCUUUAAUUUGAUUACUAAUGCAAAUCGCGAAUUAUAUGACGCAUGCCUGUUUUGGGAUGCAAUACUCUCAAAGCGCUGGUAACGAGCAGUAAAAGCUCAUACACCAUUGCUGUACUAUAAUAAGGUUUGCUUACCGACUAAACAAGUUCAGUGUAUACAUCUCUGGUGUUUUUAUUUCGUAUAGUUCAUUUUAAUUCGACCUGCAUUGUGUAAUCUGUUUGGGUUGUUUUUGAAUUUCUUAUUCAUUUACAUCUUUUAACCGAUACGGUAUACUAUACAAAUAUGCAUACGAUUUUAUUUGUAAAUAAUAUAAGUUACCAAGCCAACCCGUUACCCUAUAUGUUAAACCGGUUCUCAGAGAAAGUCCGUUUUUGUUAGACCUUCUACGUCGAUAACUAUUAAACUAAUCAGAAACGUCACUUUGUCAUAGUAAGUGUAGCAAUAGUUAAUGGGCUGAUAAUAUUCAUAACUACUGUUUCACGAAUCAGUAUAAACAGUUACUUGAAAUAAAAUUCUGUGAUAAAUUGGACAAUUGAAAGACUGUUAUGAAUGAUUAGAUAUUGUUUAGGACUAUUAUUAGUUUCUAUCGUAUAAAUAGUUUGUUAUUUGUUAUGUUGCUGUGAAUACAGAUAACAUAUUUUAUUGAAAUAAAAUUUCCAUUAAACA